GGGGGCGGGGCGGGGAGCAGGCCAGAGGGCUGCAGAGGGGCGCCCCGCGGCUGGGGUGAGGUGGGGGCGGCGAAACGGCCCGGCUCGGGGGCAAGUCUUGCGGUGCCAGCCGGCCCUGCGCGGUGGGGCGGAGGUCGGCGAGGGCUUCCUCCAGCCCCGCUGGGCGCCUGGACGGGGCGAGACGCAGCCACUUGCCCAGAGGGAUCAAUAGAGGACCCGGGGAGGCCAGUAGGGAACCAGAGGGACGCCACUCCUUGGCCAGCAGUGACCCCCCCGUUGUUGCCCGUGUGGGCGAGUGGUUCGUAUCACCCCCGCUGGGCGUCGCGUUGACGAGGCCCCGGCGAGGGCAACUCCUCCUCCUCCUCCUCCCCCCUCCUCCAAGGAGAAGCCCCCCCACCCCACCCCGCCCCCCACCCUUUUGAUGUCUGGGAUUUCUGGUUCAGAAGGUGCUGGGGGAAGCCACGCGAAGACCCCACAUGGUGCUUCCCGCCGCAGCACAAAGGCAGAAACCUCCGGGCCGUUGGCCGGGAUGAGGCCCACCUCAGCCCCUCCUGUGAGAUGGCGGCAGCCCCCAAGUGGCGGGUGGCCGUGAUUGGGGCAGGGGCCGCGGGCCUGUGUGCUGCCCGGCACAUCCUCGCCUCGCCUGACACGUUUUCCCCUCCGGUGGUGUUUGAAGCCUCCGCCCAGCUAGGAGGCACCUGGGUAUACUCUGAGGAGAGCGAGGGAGACGCCGACGGGCGGCAGCAGCCGCAGCACCUCCACUCCAGCAUGUACCGCGACCUCAGGACCAACCUGCCGAAGGAAGUUAUGGCCUUCCCGGAUUUCCCCUUUGACCCGUCGCUGCCAUCCUUUCUGCAUCACUCGGAUGUCCUGGCCUAUCUGCAGAGCUAUGCGGAAGAUUCUGGCGUCCAGCGCCAUGUCCGGUUCCAGAGCCAGGUGACCGAUGUCAGGCCUGUGCCAGCAGCCGAGGGCCGCCCCAGCAGCGGCUGGGAGGUGACGGCCGCCUGGCAGGGCCCAGAGCCGACCCCGGGUGCCACGGAGCAGUUUGACGCCGUCCUGGUCUGCACUGGGCACUAUGCCCGGCCAUUCAUGCCACCCAUCCCUGGCCUAGACAGCUUCCAAGGCCGCCUGCUGCACAGUCACUCCUACCGCUACCCAGAGCCCUUUGCCAGCCUGUCGGUGCUGCUGGUGGGUGCUGGCCCCUCCGGGGUGGACCUGGCCCUGCAGCUGUGCCCUGUCGCCGCCUGUGUGCUGCUGAGCCAUCCGGGCCUGCCUGUGUCCGGCCUGCCGGAGGCUGUGCUGCAGGUCCCUCCACUUGUGGAGGUGGCGAAGGAGGCGGUGGUGCUCGGGGACGGCUCGGUGCUGCGGCCCGAUGUCUUGAUCUUCUGCACUGGCUACCGGUACCACUUCCCCUUCUUGCCUUUGGCCCAGCUGGGCUUGCAGGAGACCGACUAUGGGGUGGGCCCCCUGUACCGGCACUUGCUGCCCCCGCAGCACCCGUCGCUCUUCUUCAUUGGCCUCUGCAAGCAGAUCUGCCCCUUCCCACACUUCCACUGCCAGGUGCUGUUCGCGCUUGCCGUGCUGGGAGGCCGGUGCCAGCUGCCUCCUGCGGCCGAGAUGGCGGCUGAGGCCCAGAGGCGGCUGGAGCAGCACCUGCAGGCCGGCGGCCUGGCCCGGCACUUCCUCACACUCAAGGCCCAGCAGUGGAGCUAUGCCGAAGAGCUGGCCUGUGCAGCCGGCUUCCCACCCCUGCCGCCGGCUGUGCGGGAGAUCUACGAGGCUGUGCGGGCCAGCCGGGCCGGUGACGUCAGCACCUACCGGGACACCAACUAUCAGCUGUUGGGCCCCAGCACCUGGCGGUUGAUGUCGGACUCUGACGGGGAUCUGCCGCGCGACCGUUUCCCCCCCCAGGGCUUGGUGCUUCCCUGACAGAGGAGCACCCCUCUAUGGUUUGCCCUUCAUGGUCCAGCUCCCCCGGGGAGACCACCAGUCAAGCCCCCCUGCAGCAAAGACUGACCCACUCCCUACUACAGCAGGAGGUUUUGUGGAGAAGAACUGUUUGGAUGCCAGUGUGCAAAGGCGUGGAGACCUCGCUGCAUGGACCGCACAAGGGGGAACCGUGCCUUACUAGGAGGAAUUUAAUGACCAGGGAGCACGGAGCAUAUCCUGAAAGCAGGGGUGUUGACUGGCAUCCCGACUAAUGCUGUGCUCUUGCAGCCAAAGGAAACACACGUGCCCUGGAUUUGUUCCAGGGUGGCGGGGAUUGUCACUGAUCUUCUCUUCCCCUGAGACUCACACAGCCCGCUGGGAUAUAUUUGCAGGUUGCUUCCAGGGAAAGAGGGAGUCUGGUGAAAAUCUCCUCCUCCUCCCCCCCCCCCCACCAUGCGCCUAUGCAGGCACCCAUGCUGCUGAGGUGGGAAUGCAUCUGCUGCAUAUGUGCUCCAUUGGUCUGCUGGCACCUGGCAUUGGCUGGGGUGUCACCCGCUGUACCCCCACACAGCAGCCGAGUCAGGUUUCCAAGAUCCCCUCCCCAAGGCCUUCUGACCAAGCUGGGCCCAGACACAAGCGACCCACACAGACCCACAUGCAGCAAGCACCUGCCCUUGUGUCUGCUGUUCAAGGCCCUGGUGGCCCGAUGCGUCCCUCCUCUGAGCCAGAAGGCCGCCUUGGACUAGAAUAGCCAGUGACCACGGACAGGUCUCUCUUCUGCCAAGAGAGCAUCUGAGCUGCUUUUUGAGCCAUCCUUGUGGCAGCAAAUUCCACAAAUGAAUUACACUCUGUGUGAAGAAACCACCACCAGCACCACCAGCACUCCUCCUGUCCUGAAUCCGUUCGAGAAAAGUGUCUGGUUUUUGACUUCCAGUUUGUUCACUGGUGCAACUGGAGGGCUGCACGACGGAUGCAGUAGCCAAAACAGGGGUGGCUACGGGCCUCACGGAGGGAGCAUGCCACUCCAGCCUUUCCUUGGCCUGCUGGUGGGAGAGAUUGUAUCCCUUGAGGCUGCAGAGUGGGAUCCCGUUUCUGAAUGAAUGAACCACUCUGUGGAAGCUCCCUGUUCCCUGCCGGCUGGGCCAAGAAGCCUCCUCCUGUUCAGCAUGGGGAGGGCCACUGUAAUUGUCACACCCCCACCCCUGCUCAUCUCAGUGCCCCUCCUGGUGCCUGUUGCUGGUGUGCUGCUCUUCAGAGUAUGAGUGAACCAAUAGAGGGAAGUACAUGACCCCCCACCCCCAGACAUGUAGGAACAUAGGAAGCUGCCAAAUACUGAGUCAGACCCUUGGUCUAUGUAGCUCAGAAUUGUCUACACAGACUGGCAGCAGCUUCUCCAAGGUUGCAGGCAGGAAUCUUGGAGAAGCCAGAGAGGGAACUUGAAACCACCUGCUCUUCCCAGAGUGGUUCCAUCCCCUGAGGGGAAUAUCUUACAGUGCUUGCAUGUGGUCUCCCAUUCAAAUGCAACUAGGGCAGACCCUGCUUAGCUAGGGGGACAAGUCAUGCUGGCUACCACAAGACCAGCUCUCCUUGGACUGGGACCAGUGCUCUUUAGCUUGUUCAAAAAUUAUCUAGAAGUUGGGGUAAGCAGCGAAGUGGCCAAAUUUGCAGAGGUUGCUAAACUAUUUAGGGUAGUGAAAUCCACAACAGAAUGUGAGGAGCUCCAAAAAGAUCUCUCCAAACUGGGUGAACGAGCAACAAAAUGCGAUUCAACAUCAGCAAGUGUAAAGUGAUGCAUAUUGGGACAAAAAAACCCCCAAUUUCAUAUAUAUGCUGAUAAGCUCUGAACUGUCAGUGACUGACUAGGAGAGAGAUCUUGGGGUCGCGGUGGACAGCUCAUUGAAAGUGUCAACUCAAUGUGCGGCAGCUGUGAAGAAGGUCAGUUCCAUACAAGGAAUCAUUAGGAAGAGAACUGGAAGUAAAAAAUGCUAAAAUUAUAAUGCCCAUAUACAAACAAAUCGAUGGAGCAGCCACAUUUGGAGUACUGUGUGCAAUUCUGGUCACCAUAUCUUAAGGAGAAUAUUGUAGAACUGGAGAAGGUGCAGAAGAGGGCAAGCAAAAUGAUCAGGGGCCUGGAGCAUCUUCCUUAUGAGGCUAGGUUACAGCAUCUGGGGCUCUUUACCUCGGAAAAGAGGUGACUAAGAGGAGAUACGUGCGAGGUGUAUAGAAUUAUGCAUGGAGUAGAGAAAGUGGACAGAGACAUUUUUCUUCCUCUCUCACAACACUGGAAGCAGGGGUCAUGCCAUUAAACAGAAGUCUGGGAAAUUAGGACCGACAAAAGGAAGCACUUUUUCAUACAGCACAGAAUGUGGUGGUUCUAUGGAAUUCUCUGCCAUGGGAUGUGGUGAUGGCCACUAGCUUGGAUAGCUUUAAGAGGGACUUGGACAAACGCAUGGAGAACAGGUCUAUCAAUGAACAGGUCUAUCUCAGAGGCAAGAUGCCGCUAAAUACCAGUUGCAAGGGAGCAACAGCAGGAGAGAGGGCAAGCCCUCACCCCCCUGCCUGUGGGUUUCUUGGAUGCCUCUAGUGGGCCACUGUAUGAAACAGGAUGCUGGACUAGAUAUGCCUUCAGCCUGAUCCAGCAAGGCUCUUCUUAUGUUAACCAUCUUCUCUGUCCUCUUCCUAUGUAAACUGUUCUAUGAACAUUUUUGUUGAGAAGUGGUAAAUAAUUAUUCUAGAUAAGACAUACUCUAAACUACCCCCACACAGCAGGAUAGAGCCACCUAAUGGUGCAGCGGGGAAAUGACUUGACUAUCAAACCAGAAGUUGCUGGUUUGAAUCCCCGCUGGUGUGUUUCCCAGACUAUGGGAAACACCUAUAUUGGGCAGCAGUGAUAUAGGAAGGUGUUGAAAGGCAUCGUCUCAUACUGCGCGGGAGGAGGCAAUGGUAAACCCCUCCUGUAUUCUACCAAAAACAACCACAGGGCUCUGUCAUCACCAGGAGUUGGCACUGACACGACAGUACACUUUACACAUCAGGAUGCAAGUUUUCAUCUAUCCUUCUCAUGAAUGUGCUAAUUCUUUGCUUUUGCUUUCGAGAUGAGGUUUUGUUUUGUUCUGCAUUUGGAAGCAUCCCAAACUGGGCUCUCCACCUGCAUUGAUGCAGUCCAGAACGUUAGUGCCUCACUUUGGUUCGACUCCUUGGUGCUAAACUCAUCUCUGCUGAGCCACGUAUUGAAACCCUGACAUGAUAAACUAAAGCUUCUGGUUUUGUUGUACUGCAGAAAUAAAGGCCGCAGGCCAGAGGCAAAUGUU